AGUGUGUUCAGGGUUUACAUGGCGGCGUUUUUGUUGUUGUUUUUUUCUUAUCGGGAAUGAAAACAUGGAGGAAGACGAGAUUUCAGAGCUGGACCCUAACAACAGAGACACCGACGGAUGGAAAACAAGCAGCUCAGAAAGUAAAAGCGUCCAGGCGGGAAGUCAGAGCGUCUUUUACCGCUUUUAUCGGCUCUUCCGGUUGUUUCUCAUAUUUCUCAUAUAUUUAGUGAUUAAAUGUGUUGGAGCAUUUUUAAAAACCUUUUAACGGUAACGGAGCUGUUCCUGCGGGUUUAAAAGCUCUCCUGCUCCGCUGAGCAACAGGUGGCUCCGUGGCGCAAUGGAUAGCGCAUUGGACUUCUAGUCAAGCACUUGAGAGGUGAUUCAAAGGUUGUGGGUUCGAGUCCCACCGGAGUCGCAUUUUUUGCGUUGCUAUUUUUUUUAACACACAUUAAUAAAGGUCGACAUACUGCUGAAUUUCUCUUUAAUAUCUUUAUUUUAGGUAUUAUGUACCCAAAUGUAGAUCUAACUGAUCUGAACCAUGUAUGUAUAUAUCAUCACCGCUCUAACAUUAGUUAGUUAUUAUUCAACUUUAUUUUUGGUUCAUUCAUUAUCUGUUCUGUGUUUUUCCUUUGUUGUUUCAUAUUUUAUACUUUUCUAAAUCUAAUUUACACAGUUCUGCAACAGUUCUGUUGUAACUUCAUAUUUAUGUAUAUAACUUAGUCGCUGUCCCUCAUUCUAAUAAAGUGGACAUGCAGACCUGACUGGGUCUAAUGACCAAUUAACAUAGAGACAAACAUGGCGGCUGGACUUGCUGUUCCCCUCCGCCGUUAGAUGGAGACUGUGUGCAGAUGUUUGUCCUGCAGCAGCAGAGCCGUCCCACCAUAAGGACAGGAGGACGCAGCCGGUCAGAGUCAGACGGGGACUGUGAGCCGGAGCAGCUGGAUGUUCCAGAUUCACCUGAUCAUGGCGGCGCUGACAUCAUCUGUGGUCCUUCUGCUGCACCUGGCUUCAUCUGCAGCGGCGCCGCUGCUGUGCGAGGAGAAGGUGGUGCGGCUGGAGGCGGAGAUCCAGGGCCUGAUGAACGUGAUCAACGAGCAGCACCGCUACAUCCAGGAGCUGCAGAGCAGCCAGACGCAGCAGCUGCAGCUCAUCCCCAACAUGUUCCUGAGCCAGCAGAACCUCUACAGAGACUGCUCUGAGGUGUUCGAGGACGGGAACGUGGCGAGCGGCCUGUACGUGAUCCGGCCCGACGGCUCGCCCACGGCGCUCAGCGUCUACUGCGACAUGAGCAACGGCGGAGGCUGGACCGUCUUCCAGAGGAGGAGAGACGGGAAGGAGACCUUCGACAGAACCUGGUCAGAGUACAGCCACGGCUUUGGAGAUCUGUUCUCCCCUGAAGGAGAGUUCUGGCUGGGGAACGAGCCGCUGCACCGCAUCACCGCUCAAGGAAACUACGAUCUGCACAUCGACACCGAGGACUUAGAGGGGAACCAGCGCUUCGCCGAGUACAAGAACUUCCGGGUGGACGAUGAGAAGGACCAGUACCAGCUGCAUGUGGGCGACUACGUGGGCACCGCCGGCGACGCCCUGGCCGACGCCCGCGGCCUCAACUUCAACAGCCCCUGCAAAGGCGGCAUCAAGUUCAGCACCUACGACCACCCCAACUACAUCAACGCCGCCGCCGACCAGGGCCGCUGCAUCCGCCACAGCAGGUCCGGCUGGUGGUUCUGCAGGUGGGACGGCCGCCUCUCUGCGGGACGGGGCGGGGGGGUUAGAGUCAGACUGAUCUUCCUCCUCCUCCUCCUCCUCCUCCUCCUCCUCAGGUGUGACUCGGGGAACCUGAACGACCAGCAGUUCAAAGGGCCGUUUGAGGCGAUGAGCGACGACGGCGUGGCGUGGUACGUGUGGCACGGCUGGUCCUACGCCAUCAAGUCGGUGGUGAUGAUGGUGCGCGCCGCCGACCUGGAGAACCCGCCCCCCAUCGUGGAGCGGUGGGCGGAGCAGUUCGGCCCCAACAUGGUGGAGGGCGGGCAGCCGGCGGGACCCGUCUAACGUCUGGAAUAAAGAGAGCGGUCUGCUUGCCGCCUUCAUGUCAGACUCUUUUUAUUCUGUGUGCACGAAUAAAGCAGAACGUUAAAACAAUGA